AUGCCUACACCAAUUCCCCAGCCCCCAGGGCUUCCAAUUCUUGGAAAUUUAUUAGACAUGACCCCCGGUAAUGUCUGGGCCUCUCUGAACAGAUUGGCGACCGCACAUGGAGGUGCUGGCAUAUUCAAAAUCACAGUACUUGGCAAGCAGCUCGUCUUCAUCACAAAUGCCGCUCUACUAGAGGAGAUUUGCGACGAGAAGCGCUUUCGAAAAAGUAUCACAGGACCUAUUGUAGAGAUUCGGCGCUUGGCCAACGAUAGUCUGUUUACUGCCUACGACUAUGAGCAGAGCUGGGGCAUCGCACAUCGAAUUAUGGCUCCCUUUGUUGUGCCCGAGGCUGUCAAGGCGAUGCAUACGGAUAUCGAGAUCACAACAAACGAUCUGAUCAAGAAAUGGACCUCCGCGAACGAUACCCAUGUGGAUGUCUCGAAUGAUUUGGACAGACUCAACCAUGCCGCCAACAUGCAGUGUUUUUUCACCCAGCACGUCGACUGUGUCUUGGGCAAGGAGCCCCCCGUGCUCAAAGCCAUGCUAGACACAACAUUUGAAGCUGUUCGUCGACCCUCACGACCGAAACUCCUCACUUGGCUCCGUUAUCAGUCCAAGUUCGAAAAGGACAUCAAGAUCGUCCGUGAGUAUUGUGCAGAGGUCAUAGCCCACCGACGCGCAAACCCCGUUGAAAAAAUCGAUCUACUCCACGCCUUACUUCAUGGAAAGGAUCCAGAGACCAGUGAAUCACUCCCAGAUAGCCGGGUUAUCGAUGAAAUUAUCAACAUCUUCAUCGGAAGUGCUACAACACCAAACCUAGUCACAUUUGCCCUUUACUAUCUCGCCAAGAAUCCCAGCGAGAUCACUCGGGCUCGCGAGGAAAUUGAUUCCAUCGUCAGUCCCUCGGGUGAGCUGCAACAAUCCGAUAUUGCGCAGCUGUCAUACUGUGAGGCAAUUCUUCGCGAGUCCUUCCGUCUUUGUGCCACGGCACCAGGAUUCAAUAUUGAGCCUUUACCCACCGAUGGACCUGUCUUGCUUGGUGGGGGAGAGUACGAAGUUCCCAAGACUCAGACAAUGAUCGUGAUUCUCUCUGCAGUCAAUCGUGAUCGAGCUAUUUUUGAGAACCCUGAUGCUUUCAAACCGGAGCGUAUGCUAGGUGAAUCGUACGAUCGGCUUCCUGCUGGUGUGAAGAAAGGGUUUGGAAACGGCAAGCGUGAGUGCUAUGGGAGAAAUUAUGCAUGGGAAUGGUCUCUUUAUGUCCUGAUUCGUAUCAUCAAGGAUGUGGAUUUCGAGUUGGCGGAUAAGAAUUACACCUUUGACAUGGAAGGGAAGAAUUUCAAUGGAGCUUUCACUGUGAAGCCCUACGGGAUGUUUGCAUCUACCAAGAGGAGAAAUGCGUCUGCUUGA